GAAUUUACUUUGGCGCCUUAUUUUUGGAGGGUAUUUAAUACGGUUGCACUCUGUAUUGCAGUUAUUAUAUUUUGUACUGUUGCGUUAGUGAGUUAUAUAUUAUAAAGUAAGAAUCAUGUCUUCCCUAAACACACAUUUUAAAGAAAAUAUUCUUACUGAAAACAACAGUAUUAACAUUCAAGGUAAAGCUGUGGAAACAUCAAAAUCCAAUGGUGUUGAUGGAAAACAGAAAUUCAAUGUGGAAUUAGAGCCUUUGUUGCGCGAUAACCCCAAACGUUAUGUAGUGUUCCCAAUCGUCUAUAAUGACAUGUGGAAGAUGUAUGAACAAGCUGAGGCCUCAUUUUGGAAGGUUCAUGAAGUUGAUUUGUCGAAGGACUACAAAGAUUGGGAAAAAAUGACUUCAAAUGAGAAACAUUUCAUCAAGUAUGUGUUGGCAUUUUUUGCUGCCUCUGAUGGUAUUGUCAAUGAAAACCUGGUAGAGAGAUUCAGUAAAGAAGUACAAGUUAUUGAGGCAAAAUUCUUCUAUGGCAUGCAGAUUGCCAUGGAGAACAUACACUCACUGAUGUACAGUUUGUUGAUAGACACUUAUAUCAAAGAUGUGAAGGAGAAAAGUUUUCUUCUUAAUGCAAUUGAAACUAUUCCAUGCGUGAAAAAGAAGGCUGAUUGGGCGUUAAAUUGGAUUUCCAGUCAAGAAGCGACAUUCGGUGAAAGGGUCGUCGCUUUUGCAGCAGUGGAGGGUAUUUUCUUCUCCGGCAGUUUCGCCUCGAUCUUCUGGCUGAAGAAGAAAGGAUUGAUGCCCGGUCUCACUUUCUCCAACGAGUUGAUCUCCAGGGAUGAAGCGAUGCACUGCAAAUUCGCGUGUUUGAUGUUUAAGCACGUCGUGCAGAAGCCUUCAGAGGAGAGGGUCAAGAACAUCAUCAGAGAUGCCGUGAAGAUCGAACAGGAGUUUCUUACCGAAGCCCUGCCUGUAUCUUUGAUCGGCAUGAAUUGCGGACUUAUGUGUGAAUACAUCGAAUUCGUGGCUGACAAGCUGCUGGCAGAUUUGGGAAUCGCUGAAAUCUACCACUCGCGAAAUCCCUUCAAUUUUAUGGAUAACAUAUCGAUAGACGGAAAAACCAAUUUCUUCGAAAAGAAAGUUGGAGAAUACCAGUUAGCCAAAAUCACCGAUGAGUUCGCCAUGACGGACAAUUUUUAAUUUAAUUCUCAUUUAAAAGAAAACUUAUUUUUAAUUACUUAUAAUUAUUCUUAUUGUAAAUACAUUGAUUUUUCACGAGUUAAUGAUUUUUUUCUUUAGUAGUCACAUUAUUAAACGAUUACUUAAUUUACCCAGAAAUUGUACUAAAAUAUGCAAGAAUGAUUUCAUUGGAAAUUCAUCAUUGCAAUUACAGUGAAAUGUUUGUGAUUAUUAUAUCUGGAAAUAUCGUAAAAUGUAAAUAUAGUUUUAAAUAAAUAGACACAUACAGCUUUAAA